UGUUGUGACAUCUUGCACACGUAAACAAACCAGGAAGUUGUUGUUUCGCACGCAAGUUCAUCAAAUUCCACAUUCCUCCGCAGCAUGGGAUUUCCCCCGCGGGAAUUUCCACCAAUUGCGAUCGCGCAUUAAAACACUUUCGUCGAAGCACAGUUUUUGGUGCAUGCUCUGCCCCAUCAUGUCGAAACCCAACGGCCAGCACACCGAGAUGGAGGGAAAACCGAGCGGGAUGAGUGCGGCCACCACCGUUCCGCCCCUGUCCAACUUUGUCUACAUCUACGACAUUCCACGGAUGGAGAAGAAACGGCUGGCCGCCCUGCUUGAGGUAAACAACAAGUGGUACGAGCUGGGCGAAAAACAGAUGGGCUACAGUACGGUCGAGCUGGAUAGUACGCAACGAUGCUGUCAACGGAACAAUCGAUCGCCUGCAGAACAAUUGCUGGACAAGUGGGGCAAUUACAACCACACCAUCACCGAGCUGUUUGUUGUGCUGUCGCGCGAAAAGCUGUACAACUGUAUGGAGCUGAUCAAGCGUUACGUCGAUCCACGGUACCAUGUGCUGAUCAAAGAGUCGGCGAGCGACGGGCGGAACGCUGUCGCCAAUAUGGCCACCUUCUCCGGUGCGAACAAUAAUGCGAAUGUUCCGAACGGUCACCGUGCCGUGCAUCGAUUAAAAGAUGGUGCAGCGGACCAGAAAGUGAAUGGAGGUGGUGGUGAUGAUGCUGCUGCUGCGGCUGCGGCUGCUACGAACGAUAAAAGCAAUCCGACAAAUUCGAAGGAAAACUCACCCUUCGCAAACGAGCUUGCCGAUCUGACCAGCUUGAUACCGAAGAUCAGCUACGAGGAGCUGACGGCCGCUACGGACAACUGGAGCGAGCGGAACAUUCUCGGCAAGGGCGGCUUCGGGACGGUGUAUAGGGGCAACUUUAAGCACACCUUCAUGGCCAUCAAAAAGAUCGACUACAACAAGGUAAAAUCGAGCGAGGCGGAGCGUAUACAGCUGCAGCAAAGCUUCAACGAGCUGCGGUUUCUGAACUCGUGUCGCCAUGACAACAUCGUGCCGCUGUUUGGAUACUGCAUAGAGAAGGAACCCUGCUUGGUGUACCAGUUCAUGCCGGGAGGAUCGCUGGACAAAAGCUUGUUUGCACGCCGGCCUGCCUCUCCGCUGACUUGGCGGGAGCGCAUGAACAUUGCAAUUGGAACGGCAAGAGGGCUCCAGUAUCUGCACACGUUCGGCGACAAACCGUUCAUACACGGUGACAUCAAACCGGGCAACAUACUGCUGAACGAGUACAAGCAGCCGCGCAUCGGUGACUUUGGGCUGACGCGCCAGGGUGCGGUACAGGAUUCGGCCACGGUGGUGUCCCGCGUCUACGGUACCCGGCCGUACAUUCCGAAGGAGUUUUACGAUCGGCGCGAGCUCAGCACCAAGGUGGACACGUACAGCUUCGGCGUGGUGCUGUACGAGAUCGGCACCGGGCUGCGGGCGUGGGACGAGCGGCGGACGGAGAAACAUCUGAAGGACUACAUUGCCCGGGCCGUGCAGGAGCAGAUGCAUGUGACGCAGCUGGCCGACCAAUCGCUGCCGAUUGAUGCGGAAGCACUGAUGUGCUGCUUCAAGCUGCUGCAGGUCGGGCGUGUGUGUACCGCCGACGAUCCGAAACAGCGGCCCGAUAUGGUCGGCGUCAUGUGGCAGCUCAGUGCAGCGUGAGGGAGAGGUGGUAAGUAAAAGUGAUCCGUUCUAAGCUGGGCGAGCUCCGUCUUAAGAAUGACAUCAUUCCGGUAGCUUCACACGGUAGUGUUAGUAGUAUGUGCCUUAAAUGUAUUUUAACUCCAAGUUUCCACGUACUACGUGUAGUUUUAAUAUUUUUUUUGUAAAAUAAAUUUUCGGAUAGAUUGUA